CAGCCUAGGAGAGUGGCAACCACAAUCGCCAUGUCCAAGCCUCCAGCCUGGGGCACCUGGAAGCUCCAGCUGUGAUGCCCGCGGGUUUUUCGUGGUGGACCUGGAGGCCUGAAGAAGCCGCCCUCGCAUCCACAGAGCCUUGAGAGUGGACUGACGCGCCUGGUUGGAUCCCUGAGUUCAGCACCCUGCGCUUCCGGGUGUCGCGCCUCCCGGUGUUGCCUGCACCUUGGAGUGGGCACACGUGUCCUUCCCACCCCGCCCUUCCACCGCGCCCGAGCCGGGCCUCAGGGCACGCGGAGCUCGUGGGUGAGCGCAGGGCCUGAGGGGGCGGGGCGCUCGCGUUAUAUUUGGGACCCGCAGCAGCGCGUGUGCCUGGAUGAGUUUUCCUUCCGCAGGCGCCGGCAGCCAGGGCGCCUCCGCCCAAGCUGACUCCUCUCUCUCCCUCUCCGACACCGGCAGGCCCCAGAGGUGAUUCUGCCUCCACGAUGUCCUCCUUCCUGGAGGCGAGCUCUUCGCAGGCGCCACAUCGCCAGCAAAAAGAGAAAGAAAAAAAGAAAAGAAAAAGCAGAAGAAGCGGCCAGGGAAGGGGGCCUUAGCGGCGUUGGGCAUCAUCUCGGCCACGGGAGGGCGCCCUAUGACAGCGGCGGGGUUUCCAACAGAGACUACAGCCUCCAGUGUCCAAGGAAGAAGCCCAGGCCAGCCCUGCCAGGGGACCUUGAGGCAUGGAGCUCGCGGGGACCCCUAGCCCAACCUCCGGUCUGGUCCCCAGGAACAGCAAGCAGCAAGUAGCAAGCAGGGCGGGCUGCAGCCCCAGAGCAGCAGAAUCAAGGUUUUGGUAGGAAGGCAUCAUCCCAAAAUGUCAUCAGUAAGCAAGAGGAGUGUUUAAAGGAACUGGAGGAACUUAAAUUUGAAAUCCAGAAGUGUCAAUUUGAGAGGGAUGAAUUUUAUCAAAUCCUGGACCUUUAUAUCUAUGAUAAUUGGGACCACAGGCUGGAUGUCGAAUUGCCAAUACUUCAAUCCGAACAUGAGAUGAGAAUGAUGGCUAUGCAAAUGAUGACCAGUUCAAUAAGUGAGGCCAUGGAGAGGUACAAGGAGCUCAUACAAGUGAACAGUUCCUACCGCAUCAGGCACUCCCAGCUUCUGCGUGAACAAACUCAAUUGAAGAACAAUAUACAGAUUUUGCUGAAUGAGAAGAGCGAACUGCUGGUGGAGCAGACUGAACGGCCAGCAUCCUGUGUGGAGGCAAAGAGGCUCUGUGAAGAGGCCGGAAUGAACAUCUGUGUCCCCAGUGAAAAGGAACAGCAGGUCUGAAAUUCUCCAGGAGAAACUCGAACAAGACACAAACCAGGGCAAGAUCUCCCUUGGAGAGAAGUGCUACAGGAGGAGAACUAAGUGUGCACAGCAAAUACACCACUAUUGCAUCUCAUCUGUAAUGUCCAUAGCAAUUGUGAACUGCAUUUUCCUCCUUUAGUUUUAUUUCUUUGGAUUGAAUAGGCCGUACUUUCACCUCCCCACCCUCCAGCAAGUGUAAACUUUUGGAGGGACUCAGAGAAGUGCUGAUGCACAUCAAUCAAGAGGUGCUGGUCAUCCAGAAAGACUGUGCACGUGUAAAUGUGUACUUGUCCUGGUGGGUCAUCCAGAAGAGUUUCAUGGAGAUCAGUUCACAACAUUGGACAGACUUUGAGAUAAAGUCUGUAAUAUCAUUUCUACUCAGUAUUGGAUGGCUUUGUCCUUAAUACCCCCACUCCAACAAAACAGACCUACUUCCACUCCUCUUGGAAAGAUUAUUACCAUCAGUAACUGCUUGUCUACUGUGUCUCCAAGGAAAGACACAGGCUAUAAAUCUAUUCUGCAGAAGGAGCAGCAAAAAAUGCUUAGCGCAGCUCCUCUAUUUAAAGUGUGGCUGAGUUUUGAUUAUUUUGGUUAUUUGGUUUUCCUCCUAUUCAUUUGAAGUUUUGUUAUUUAUGUGUUGUUGUUUUGUUCAUUUGGUUUUCUAUUUUGAUAAGGAUAUAGACUGUAUAUAUUGACAACCUGCAUCUGGUUACUAUCAUGUAAAUUGGAUGUAUCCUGGUGAAAAAAAGAGUAAUCUCAAACUCUUCACUCUUAAGAACCUUCUUUAUUGAUCAUUAGUGUCAACAUCUGAAGUCGCACAGCUAUCAGGGAGGGAUGGAUCUCUGCAUUCUCAUGGGGACUGGGCAUCAAAAUCACUUCCCAGUCAGACUGAGAUUCAAAGGCAAUUAUACAGUCACUGUUCACUGUGUUCCAAACUCUGUGAAUUUCAACUUCAUAUUGCAUAUAUUACCCACUGUAUAUGCUUACUGUCAAAUAUAUAGUUACCUCUAAAUUAUA